UGACGUUGCUGUCAGCAGGUACUACCGGUGUGGCGGUAAUGUAUGCCAUACUCUGCAAAUAUGAUUUCAGGGUCGGUUUACGCGUUGUUAGCGGGUUUUUUGGGUGCUGCAGCCUCUCUGUGUGCCAAGCUGUCACUCGGUGCUGACUACAUGAGAGAGAUGUGUGAGUCUGGGCUCAGCGGCUGGACUGAUACACACGGUGGGACUACAGCCUGUGACUGGCUCCACAUCCCCCUGCGGCUGUUGUGUGGAGGCCUGCUGUUCACCUGUAAUACUAUCAUGUGGACAUUCUUCUCCAAGGCCCUCAGACACUGCUCCUCUUCAGCCAGGGCCACAGUCACAACCACUGCAUCCAACUUCAUCUGCUCAGCCAUCCUGGGGAGGGUGAUUUUUGGAGAGAGUCAUGCAACUCUAUGGUGGGUGGGAGUCUCUCUCACACUGUGUGGACUGCUGCUGCUUCAUAGGUCCACACCUCAGACACUCCCACAGGAAGAGGACAAAAAGGACAAGUGAUGUAGGUUUGACUCGUCACCAGUACGCAGCAACAGCUCUUCAGUCACAGGAAGGUGGAAAUGUUCCUUCAUGUCUAGAAGAAGAGAGGUAGCUCAGUGUCUUAAUGUGAAGUGCAAUUACAAAAGCAGACUGUGUUGCACAGAGCUGAUGGUACGUUCUGAACCAUCAGUUCUGUGCAGUUGUUUUUUCUGUAUUUUUCUUCAGUGAGAGUAUAUCAGUAACUGUUAGAACUGACUGGGUCACUGAAAUCAGCAGACAUUUUGGAGUCCAAAUUUUUACACACAUUUUAUCUUGAAGUGUUUUGUACUAAUGUGCAUACAGUCUCCUCAGAAGCUAUUGGAACAAUGAGGCCAGUUCCUUUAUUUUUGCUGCAUACUGAAAACAAUGGGCUAGACAUCAAAAGAUGAAAGUAAGACAGGAUCUGCUUUCAGCUUUUAUUUCCAGGUAUUUACAGAACUGUGACUUGGAAAAUAGCACCUUUUGGAAAGGACACACCAUUUUGAGUGAAAGUAAAGGAACAGAUAGACUAAAAUAGAUUGAAGUGAAUAAUACAUAAUAUUCGGGGGCAAAUCAUUUGCUUGCAGUAACUGCAUCAAGCCUGAGACCCAGUGACAUCACCACACUUUUGCUUUCUUCUUUUAUAAUACCUUUCCAGCUUUCAGUGCAGCCUCUUUAAUGCCAUGUCUGCGCUAAUACGUUUUCAUUUUAAAAUGUAAAUGAUCUCCUUACACACAAGUGUUUUAGCACCAUUUUAGAAUGAAUCUCUGUCCAUAUUAAGGGCACAGUCACACAUGAGCAAAUGGAGGCGAGUGACCAUCGCCUGUCGAGGCGAUAAUCACGCUGAAUGCGGACAGUGUCAGAUGUGAUAGUUGUAUUUGUUAGCCAGCUUGCUAAAAUCUCUCCAGGGUGUUCCAACUUCCAUUACAAAAAGCACGUAACAGUUUAAGAAGGUGUAUUGAUUUCAUAAUAUGCCUUGUCUUUUGCAUUAUUUCAGUGGGUUUGUGUCUCUGUCAACAAAGGUAAGAAAUUUGAGUCAUAUUUGAGUAGAAAGCACACUCUACCCCUGUUGACAACACCGCUGUGGCUAGUUCAGAACUUUAAAGGGAGGUUACUUUUGUCAUUCUGAAUGCAGUCCGUCAUUUUCGUAGUUUACUUUUAAAGUUUAAUACUGGAAAACUGACUGGCUUUAAAAACUGGGUAAACCUUUAGAAGACAAAAAAAUCUCCCCCCUUUCUGUGUUUCGCUCUGUGUGUUUGAUGUAAAGCACAUCACUUCAGUCGCCACAGAAAUCAGACACCACUUCUCCACUAAACUGUGAAAUACAGAGAGCUUUCCCUGGCAGCUAUAGGCUGAAUCAGCAUUGUGUUAACUCCUUUGGCAAGGACUUGAAUGUAACAGAUGUCAUUUAUGUGUAAAAUUCCUGCUCUCCAGCUUCCAUAAUAAAGCCAAGCUUUGGUUGUUAGACCUGUUUUGCCCAGAUGAAUGUCACACUGAAACUAUUCCUGCUCUUCUGUCAGACUGCUGAUCAAAACAGCAACAGUAAAGUUUUUACUUUUAUUGUAAAUGCCUUUGUACAUCAUGUAAAACUGUGCAGAUGAGUUUGUAAAAAAUAAACUACGACUCACUUGG